ACGACGCUGCAGACUGACGAGGUGAAAAAUGUCCCGUGCGGUACCAGUGGGGGAGUGAUGAUUUAUUUCGACAGGAUCGAGGUGGUGAAUUUCCUCAUCCAGAGUGCAGUGUAUGACAUCGUGAAGAACUACACCGCUGACUAUGACAAGGCUCUGAUCUUCAACAAGAUCCACCACGAGCUGAACCAGUUCUGCAGUGUGCACACGCUGCAGGAGGUGUACAUCGAGCUCUUCGAUCAGAUUGAUGAAAACCUGAAACUGGCCUUGCAACAAGACCUGACCACGAUGGCCCCUGGAUUAAUUAUACAGGCAGUUCGAGUUACAAAGCCAAACAUCCCCGAAACAAUCCGGAGGAAUUAUGAGCUCAUGGAGAGCGAGAAGACAAAGCUGCUGAUCGCAGCACAGAAGCAGAAGGUGGUGGAGAAGGAGGCAGAGACGGAGAGGAAGAAAGCCCUCAUCGAGGCAGAAAAGAUUGCACAAGUUGCUGAAAUAACUUAUGGGCAGAAGGUGAUGGAAAAGGAAACGGAGAAGCGAAUUUCAGAGAUUGAAGAUGCUGCGUUUCUGGCACGGGAGAAGGCGAGAGCUGACGCUGAAUGCUACACUGCUAUGAAAGUGGCCGAGGCCAACAAGCUCAAGUUAACUCCUGAAUACUUGCAGCUGAUGAAGUACAAGGCGAUCGCAGCAAACAGCAAGAUCUACUUCGGCAAAGAUAUUCCCAACAUGUUCAUGGACUCUGCAGGGAGCCAGACCAAGUCUGCAGAGGGACUGGCAGAAGGGAUCCAGGAAGAGGAUGGGGCAGGAACCAGCGAGGAGACAAAACUACUUCAUAACAUCAACUGAAAAGAAAGAUUUCUAUUCCUUUUAUAUCAAAAAACAUGAACUGGGAAGUUCCUUUUUUCUUUUCCCCCCUUUCCCAUGCUGAAAGAGAUGAAUCAGAAUUAAUCCUUCCAAUCUUUUGUAUGACAAUUAGACAUAAGGACUUUGGUAUUUAUGAGGUGGUUUUUCUGGUAACUUUUAAGCAGCCAACUCCAGGUGUGUCCUGUAGCUGCAGCUCCC